CCACUCAUGUUCUUUUACCCAACUGAGCCUACCAUCCCACUCACGGGGAAAACACUCGUCGUCCCCAUCGUCUCAACAGCCAAUGUCUCCCAAUUGGCAGCGGACCUGCUCAUCGCAACUUUAUCCCUUGUUCCAAUCGGCAGAUUUGACUCAUCAUAUCUUGUGCCUGCCCUUGGAGCCCGUGAAAACGGACCCGGCGUAAGCACUCCACUUGAAUUGUAUGGGAAGGCGGGUUUGGAUGUAGUCAUCAUCCAGCAAAGGUCUCCCGCAUUAAAAUCUCAGAAACAAAACUUCGUCGACGCAUUGCUGGAUUUCAUCAACAACUCUGGCGUCGCGGCUGCCCUGUUUCUCUCCGGAGUAGACCAAUCGAAUCGGACCGACUCUCAAAUGCUAACACCGACAUAUCACCUCCUUCCCAUUUCUAAUACUAGUACUCUCUCGUCAACGCCACUCGCACGUUUACUUCAGCUUCCUAUUCCGCCAUAUACGUCCCCGGUAUCACAAUACCCAAAUAAUGCCGAACCCCAAAGCCCCUCGGCUAUUGAGAUUCCUUUUAUCCCAGGGGGCAGCCUGACUCGUCGUUUCUUUCAGACGAUUUCUCAAUCGCCAUCCGAGUCCAAAGUCGCAAUAGCUGGUGUUCUCCAGUUCGUAUUAGAAGGAGAUAACCGUGCAGAUGCAGCCAUUCUUGCGAGCGUUGUGGUUGCAAUUCUGGGCCUACAAGUCGCUGGUUUCAAGGAGCCGUCAAGUUGGAAACAAGGGUUAUUUGGGAAUCCUCCCGACAACAGUUUAUAUGAUUAA